UAUGAUCCCAAACAAGGAAGUGCGAUGUUUAGCUAAAGCUUGGUGAUCAUGGGGACAGAUAGCUAGCGAAAAGUCUUCUAAGAUCUUUAGCUAAUCUUUACAUUCAUACACCGAGCAGAGAAAGGCUGCAUUUGCAGAGAUUUUCGAAAAGCUAGUGUCUGCCUGCAUCACAAUGAUUGACGACUUCGAGGGUCAAGAGGUGCGAUCCAGUGGUGAGCUGUGGUCUGAAAUCUGCUCCAGUCUGCCAGAAGUCCAAGCGGAGACAAAUGCAGACAUCAACACGGAUUUUAAAGAUUCGUUCCAGCCAGAUGCACAGGUCGGAGAGCAGGUCAAUGGACAAUCAAAUGGGACAUCAACUAGUUCACCCAGCGCCAAAUGGGAACCCAUGGAGGACUCUGAGAUCUACAUAGCCACUUUAGAAAACCGGUUAAAAAAGCUGAAGGGCCAGUCUAGUGAUGUAACAUCCAGAGAUAUGUUACGCUCCUUGUCUCAAGCCAAGAAAGAAUGCUGGGAUCGAUUUCUGCAUGACGCUCAGACCUCAGAACUUUUCCAAGGUGGUGACAUGGAUGAGAGUGCCCUAGAACACUUCAAGAGAUGGUUGAUUCCUGAGAAGGUUGCAAUCAGCGCAGAAGAGCUGGAAUACCUCCUGAGACCAUCUCAGAGUAAAGACGCAGCCGAACCGAACCAAACACAGAAUGAAGACGACACAGAACGAGAGACGCACAAUUCUGAGGAGGAUGAUACUCACAGUCCAGAGAAAUAACCGUGUUAAAAUAGUUACUCAAAGAAGAGGUAAUUUGGACUGUAUCCAGGACAGUGGACUCUUCUCCUCACUCAUUCUGAGCUGUCAUCGCAGUGUUUUUGCCAAAGCUUUUGUCAUUGGCAGUCACAUAGGCAAUUACAGCCUUAUUAUCCUCUGUAACCCCAGCAACUGAGUAUUAAGUACUGAUUGAAUCAUCGGUGUUUUGUCCGUGCUAUUCAUCCCGUCAGUCACAUUGCACAAUGUACAUGCAUAAUAAAAAUUCUGAAAUUACACUAAUUUGUUGUCCAGCCAGAUAGAAUCUAGCUCGUGUAGUGACGUCUAUGCCUAUAUCUGUAACAAAAAUGACUGCUUAUCUUAAAUACAUAUGCAAAUGUUUGUCAAGGACCAUAUGCAGUAUCAUGUAAGAGACAAUAUUUUUCUGUCUUUGUUGAGUAGCUGUAUUCUGUGAUAUAUUCCUUAAAACACUGAAACAGAUUGUGUAACAUCUUUAUAUUUGCCUUAUUGAUUUUGCAUAGAGGGUAUUACCCAUGAUCCAAUAAAGAAAAGUAGAUUCAGUUCUGUUAA